AUGAUAUAUCAAACAAGACUAGAGCUCAUCAUUCACGUCAUAAUAAUCCUCUACUGUCUGACAAUCCCCCUUGGUGAACGAAACGUUGUUCCAUUCAAUAUCAUACACCACGUUAAAAUUCUGUUGCAUCAAUGUCCCAAGAAUGGUGGUCGUAACCCCAAGGACAUGCUCGGAAGGCAAGAUGGCCAGACAAAAUGUUCCAUUAUGCGUCUGCUGAAACACACUAUCGGCCUCCAUCUCCAUGACCGCCCCACCCCGGAACACAAGUUUCAUGGUCGGGAACCCAUCUCUGGUGACGACCCCGUUGUAGCAAAACCUCGUCACCUUAUUUCGGCGGGUAUAUACGGUCUCGAUGUCAAUCACAACAUCGAAUGGCAUAAAGCUGAGACUCAAACCCGUGUCCAAAAUAACCCCACCAUCACUGUCCUCGGAGGUGUUUCUCGUGAAAAUCAGCGGGUCGAGCUCAAACAACCUCUCGCCAACCAUAAGUAUUUCCAUGUUUACAUAGUAUCUGUCGUCUUCAAUGACCAACGGUGUUGUAAAAACACUCCCAUGUACAAUGUUGUUGCUCCCUAUGACUAA